AUGACAGCGGGUCAUUCAAGUAUCCCCAUGGCAUUGGGACACUCAGAUGGACAGAUGAAUCCUCCAAGCUUGGUGUGGGUGGCCUACCGCAGCUACGACGCUUACGCUACUGUGCGAAGUCUUCCGGCGGAUCCCGAAGACUAUAUAAGCUCGCCGUCGAUCACUUCCCCGACGCACUUCUCUCAGUACGGCUCACAGUGGGCGGCCCUCGACAACCACUUUUCCGAGCGCGUCCUCUAUUUCAGCGACUUGUCGAAUGGCGGCAUAAUCAAAGGAAAGUUUGACGCUCAGCACGUAUCCCAAAGUGCCGACUAUCUGGUCCGUGGUACGUCUGUUAUUGACGGCAUCGCUAUCGAUUGGAUUUCUGGUAAUGUUUACUGGAGUGAUAUGCAUUAUAAUUGGAUAAAAGUCACCGACAGCACUGGUAGUAAACAGCAGAUUGUGAUCAAAAGUGGUUUAGAUAUUCCACGUGCUGUGGUGGUCUAUCCACAAAGAGGUUUGUUGUUUUGGACAGACUGGGGAAGUGAACCAAAGAUUGAGAAAUCCAAUUUAGCAGGUUACAACAGACAAACCCUGGUGCACUAUGGACUUGUGUACCCAAAUGGAUUGGCUAUCGACUAUCAAACAAAUAGAUUGUAUUGGAUUAAUGUGGACAAUGCAAUACAGUUGGUCAGCACCAUAUCAUCUUGUGAUUUUGAUGGCAAUGAUAAACAAGAACUGCACAGUGAGUCUGUCUACUCAGCAUGGUACUUUGAUCUCACUAUCUAUGAGGUAAGUGAGUCUGUCUACUCAGCAUGGUACUUUGAUCCCACCAUCUAUGAGGAAAGUGUGUCUGUCAACUCAGCAUGGUACUUUGAUCUCACCAUCUAUGAGGUGAGUGAGUCUGUCUCCUCCGCAUGGUACUUUGAUCUCACCAUCUAUGAGGUGAGUGAGCCUGUCAACUCAGCACGGUACUUUGAUCUCACCAUCUAUGAGGUGAGUGAGUCUGUCUACUCAGCACGGUACUUUGAUCUCACCAUCUAUGAGAAUUAUGUUUUUGUUAGUGAUUGGGCAGAAAAAAUGAAAUGUAUUUACAAGGAUACUGGAGUUGAGUACUUCGGACUGAAUACCGGUGCCAAGCCGUUUGGUGUCAGUAUUUAUGGUGACUACAACCAACCAACAGCCCCAUCUGCUUGUGCCGAUGCUCCAUGCAGUGACUUAUGUGUUACUGAUAUUAGUGAGUACACAUGUCUAUGUACUGAACAUGCGUAUCUACUGGAUGAUGGUAGAACCUGUCAAAAAGACAACACUCUGCAAUCUCCGCUGUUAAUUUGGUCCACCACCAAUUCUAUCUGUACUCUACCGGUUCACAUGGGUAAUAUGCACUUGCCGAAUGACACAUAUAAUUACCACUGUUUGCUGAGCGGUGAAGACCACGUAGUGGCAAUUGACGCUGACAUUCAUGGCAAGUUCCUCUACUACUCGGAUUACCAGCAGAGGGUAAUAAAAAGAGCAAGAUUGGUUGACGGGGAGACAACAGUUAUUAUAAAUGGUGGAAUCGGUAGUGUAGAAGGGAUUGCUAUCGAUUGGAUCAACUUUAACCUAUACUGGACAGAUAACCACCAAAAUCACAUCGCAGUAUCUCGGUUGGAUGGAUCAUAUCGCAAGAUUCUUAUAACUAAUCUUGAUCAACCGAGAAGCAUUGUUGUUGAUCCUAUUAAUAGGUACAUGUAUUGGGGUGAUUAUGGAACUUCUGCCAAGAUAGAAAGAGCUGGACUUGAUGGAACUAACAGGAUAACAUUUAUAAGUGGCCUUAUACAACCAAUGGGUCUGGCUAUAGAUUUUUCCAAGAACAGCAAGUUAAUUGUGCAAAUUCCGUACUUGACCACGUUAGUGCCUGACCCUGGGCGCGCUAACAAGGUCAAGUACGGUGUUUGUGGUUCUAACAAUGGUGGAUGUUCUCAGCUGUGUUUACCCCAAACUACCUCAGAAUAUAGGUGUGAAUGUAGUCAUGGAUUUACAUUGCAUUCAGAUGGUAUUACAUGCAUUGCAAGUACUUUGCCUGUACUAAAUGAUUUCAUCUUUCUAAGUGACCCAUAUCUACAUGGUAUAUUUCAAGUCGACUUAAACUCACCAUCACUGGAGUACACUGCUUUAUCCAUCGAUGAUAUUAUUAUGGAUUACCCACAUGCUGUAGAUUAUGAUCCUGUCUUGCAGCAGAUAUACUGGACUGAUGUUGGUCACAAAUGUAUCUAUAAAGCCAAUUUGAAUGAUUCAUCUAGACAAACAAUUGUAGAAGGUGAUCUAGAAACUCCACAGAGUAUAGCUGUUGAUUAUAUCUCUGGUCUACUGUACUGGUCUGAUUCUACGCUAUCAAAAAUAGAAGUUGCUCAAUUUGAUGGUUCGAAUAGGAAGACGCUGAUAACUAGUGGUCUAACUAAACCAAGGCAGUUGACAGUAGAUCCAUUGGAAGGCUAUAUUUACUGGUCAGAUGUUGGUAAUGAUAAUAUCACCGCUGCCAUUGGUAAAUCAUACAUGGAUGGAAGUAAUGUACAAAUAAUUAUCAGUACAGAGAUCUCUAAACCAGCUGGAUUAGUUAUUGAUUAUUCAGAAAGAAAACUCUACUGGUGUGAUUACCAACUCAGCAAACUAGAAAAAUGUGAUCUUGAUGGAGAAAAUAGAGUUACACUGAUCCAGCUGUCGGUCAAUGAAGAGCCAUUCAGUUUAGUAUUAUCUGACAGUUACAUCUACUGGUCUGACUGGAGGAAACAUGGCUUGAUGAGAGCCGAUAAGUCUACUGGUAAUAAUGUGAUCAGUGUAGGAUAUCAAGAAUUUAAUAUUAUUUAUCAUAUCCAUCUUCAUUCACAACAAACAAUGAUAACAGGUAGCAAUGGUUGUUCUGAUGCAAGAAAUGGAGGCUGCAGUAGUCUGUGUUUACCAACACCAACUGGCAGGUCAUGUGACUGUCCACAAGGGGUAGAAAUGAAAGAUGAUGGGACAACAUGUCAUGGAGUUGAAAGAUGCCCAGCUGAUUUCUCACAUGGUAGCGUGAGACCAGAUUGUAUUACAUUACCGGGGUAUACAUGUACCAUACAAUGUGAUCCAGGUUACCAGAUAUCCUCCAGUGACCAGAUAACAUGUUUAGCUACCGGACAGUGGGAUACAAACCCAUCAGUUUAUUGUGUUGCAAUUCAGUGUUCAGAAUUGACAUCUCCUGUUCAUAGCAGCACAGUGUCAUGUCCGCAACCUCUUUAUGGUUCAUCUUGUAUUCAUCAGUGUGAUGUAGGAUAUGUGGUACUGUCUGGAAAUGAAGAACGAAUCUGUCAGGCCAACGGUACAUGGUCUGGUACCACCUUGGUGUGCCAAAGUCAACCUUGCCCUCCAUUAAUGCCUCCCACCAAUGGAUUCUAUACUCCAUUAUCUUGCCAAAGUGAAGGAGGGUCUUUCAAUGAUGUGUGCCAGUUGUCAUGCCAACAAGGAUAUCAACUUGAAGGUGUUAGUGUUUUUAUAUCCCAGAGUUGCUUGGCAACAGGAGAAUGGAGUUCCUCUAAUACCCUUCCAAUGUGCCAAGAUGUUGCCAAACCAGUAUUGGCCAACUGUCCAUUAGACAUGACAGUUAUGGCAGCCAGAAAUCAACAAAGUGCCAUUGUAAGCUGGGCUAUUCCAAGUACUACUGAUAACUCUGGAGAAGUCAACUUAACUCAUAGUGUACAACCACCUGUUGAGCUCAGUAAUGGGCAGCAUGCUGUUACAAUCACAGCUACUGACCCCUCUGGUAACUCAGCUGUUUGUCAGUUCACUGUCACGGUACAAGUCAUUGAUUGUGGCCAACCAUUGGUUCCAUUACAUGCUACAUUGUUGCCAUGUACAACCCACUAUGGAUCUACCUGUACCAUCACGUGCAACAUUGGAUACGCGAUUACAGGGUCAGGUCAAAGGUCAUGCGAAAUUUAUCCCAAUAGGCAACCAUAUUGGAGUGGCACCAUUCCCAGGUGUAACAUUGUAGUAUGCCCUGCCCCCCAUAUACCCCCACAUGUUGUACAAUCUGCUUGUAUAGCACCAUUUAUCUAUAACAGUGUAUGUACACAUAGAUGUGAUAUUGGAUAUGAUCAUACUAGUGGUAAUCAGACUAAGAUAUGUCUGUCUAAUGGAACGUGGUCCGGAGAGUCAAUGCAAUGUACAGUGAUACGAUGUGUUACUCUGUCAUACCCACUGUUUGGUAGCAUAGAAGACGCAUGUACAAAUCACUAUGGUUCCUUGUGUACUAUCCGUUGUAAUACUGGAUAUAAUUUAGUUGGGUCUGCUUACACAAUUUGUGAAUCUGAUGACAACGAGAAUGGUUACUGGACACCACAUGGUUUAUGUCAGCCUUGUGACACCAUCCCAAGUGAUAUAAUAGGAUGCGACAACUCUCAACCAUGGCUGCCUUACAAUACUAUAUGCCAAUAUCAGUGUAAUCUAGGUUACCAGGUGACACAAGGAUCAACGGAACAAAGAUGUCAAGCUGACGGUACCUGGGAUGGAACAAGUGUAGUUUGCCAAAUUAAAACCUGCAAUGCAUUGGCUGUCCCACCACAAGGAAUAUUAUCACCAUCUAGCUGUCAUUUACAGAGUAACUAUAGCGAUGAAUGUGUUUAUACAUGUCGAGAUGGCUACCAAGUGAUUGGUCCAACUACUCGGCUUUGUCUCCAUGACGGCACUUGGAGUCAUAGUGAAGAGAGUACAACAUGUCAAGACAUUGAGGCUCCAACUUUCACGUGUCCACCCAAUAUGCUUGUUGUAACUGAUAAAUGUUUAACCAUUGGUCUUGUUAAUUUCACACACCCCAUUGCGCAUGAUAAUGAGGGGGUUGUAUCAACCACGGGACCAUACACACAGUCAUUGCCGGCGUAUUGGGAUAUUGGUCUUUAUUCUCAACUCUACACAGCCACUGACGAACAAGGAAAUAUUGGGCAAUGUCAAUUCACAAUCACUGUGCAAGUUGUUGCGUGUCCGCCAUUAUCAAGUCCAGCUAAUGGAGUGAUUGAAUCCCAGAGUUGCGGCAACAGUCACGGAUCUGUGACUCACUUCCAGUGUUUCAUCGGAUAUAACCUGAUAGGAUCUACAGAUUUGGUUUGUGGAAUUGACGGAACCUGGCAAGGAGUGGUACCAUUAUGUCAAGCUAUAAUGUGUCCAACGCUGUCCACCCCUGCAUACGGAGUGCUAAGUCCAUUGGAAUGUACUUUGGGUCCUGUACUCUAUGGUACUGUGUGUAAUCUGUACUGUUAUGCGGGAUUUGAACUUGAUGGCAUCCAACAAACAACAUGUAGUAAUGGUGGUAUAUGGUCACAUGAUAUCAGUAUGUCUAAUUGUACAGAUAUUGCGCAACCACGUUUUGGUGAUACUUGUCCACCCAGUACUGUAGACCCUCUUGUGCUCCCAUUUGGCUCUGCAACAAUUAAUGCAUCAUGGGAAAUACCGAUAGCAACUGAUAACUCAGAUGAAGAACCACCCAGCGUUGUCUCCUGCAAUUCUACACAUUUGAUAGAAUCCAAAAUAAUGCCCGCUGAACUAAACUGUCCUGACGCUGUGUUCGCAGACAACGUUGGUGUCACUGUCCGUUCUGACAGAACACGUGGUAGAUUAGUCUAUGAGUGGGAUGACUACGUUAUCAUACAGACAGCUACAGAUGACGCAGGCAAUCAAGCCAUAUGCAAUACAACUGUCAGCGUUGUAGAUUAUUGA